GGCCAUCAAAAUCGCGUCAGUGUGGAAGCUGUGUUGAAUGUUUUUUUUUGGGAAUCUGAGUGUGAGACGAUGUCGAUCCUUCCCGGCCCGCCAACCGGUCCUUCUAUUUUUUUCCUCAUACAGCCAUUGUUUUGCAUCUUGGGCUGCCUUGCCCACAGCGGUCUGCCUGCCUUGCGCGGUUUUUAAGGACGGAGUUCUGGCACAGCCUUCGGCUUCUGAUCCUUCACUGCUUUUCGCACUCCUACUCCUCCUUCCCUUCUCUCUCCCUCCUUUUUCGAGCUCCCUUUCGAACCUUUGAGGACACUAAAUAGGCCGGUUCUAUUACUGCUCCUCUUGCCCCUUCCCCUACAACCCCCGCGUUCCCUGUUACCAGGAUACACUUCCUACAUAUACUCGAAGCGGAAACAUAGCACCAACAAUGCAGGUCAUUAUUUCCUUUGUCUUUGCGCUUUUCGUGUUCACUCUGGCCAACAUUGGUGUGUCGGCUGCCCCGGUGCCGCAGAACAUUGGCGACGCGCUGGACAUCCAGUACAACGCUGCCACCAACCCCUACGCAAACGUCAACUGGUCGCCGUCGCCUGCUGCCGCCGCAGCUGUUUCGCCUGCUGAGCAGGCGCCCGCUGCCCCCACCACCACGGAGGCUGCCGCCACUAGCUCGGCUGCUCCCGCUACCUCUGCUGCCCCAGUGACCACCGAGGCUGCUCCCGCCCCAGCCUCCUACUCCACCUCCGCCGCCGCCCCUUCGCCGUCGACCAGCACCGACAGCAGCAAGCCCCUGUGGGGCUUGGCGUACUCGCCGUACAACAACGAUGGCUCGUGCCCCGAUCAGUCGGCCGUCACCGCCCAGCUGCAGAAGCUGGUCUCUGUCACCGACAACAUCCGCCUGUACUCGACCGACUGCUCGCAGCUCGAGUUUGUGCUGAAGGCAAUCUCUGAGAACAACCUGAACCUUGGCGUGUACGCCGGUAUCUGGACCACGGACGGUGCCUCGCGUGUGCAGUCGGACCUCGAGAGCUUUGUCUCGGCCGUCCAUGCGCACCCGGGACUCGUCAAGGGUGUGUCGGUCGGUAACGAGGAUCUGUUCAAGGGCAUGGCUGAGUCCACCCUGAUCGGCUACAUCAACCAGGUGCGCUCGCGCCUGCAGUCCGAGGGCCUCGGCAACAUCCCCGUGUACACCACCGAGACCGACGCCAAGGUCACCUCGACUCUGAUUGACGCCAUCGACCUUGUGCAGGUCAACAUCUACGCUGUGUUCGAUGCCACCUUCACGUCCAUCUCCAACUCGGUGCAGUCUGUGAUUGCCCGCGCCAACAACAUCCGCGGCAUGGCAGGCAGCAAGCCUGUCCGCCUCGGCGAGACCGGCUGGGCCUCGGCUGGCACCUCAGGCCCCUGCCCUCUGACCCUCGCCAACCAGCAGCAGUACACUCAGGCGUUCCGCUGCGCCGCCAAGAGCAGCAACCUGGACUACUUCUUCUUCGAGGCAAAGAAUGCCGACUGGAAGACGGGCGCGUCCCUGCUUGAGAAGAACUUUGGUGUCUUUGACUCGUCGUUCAACGCCAAGUUCAACCUCAACUCCCUGGGCUCGUGCUAGGCAACUGCACCCCCUGCCUUCCAUCGCGUGUACUUUUAGCACACAUUCUUCACCGUCGACGUAUAUCUCAGCUUUCUCUCCAACCCCCACCUCCCCUACGUCCUUUUGAUAUGCUCUACGAACCUCAAUGUCUCUUUUCUCUCUCCAUUUCUUAUGUUUUUUAUUAUUGGGCUUUUCUUCGUUGACUAGAUUUUUCUUUCGUUCGAUAUGACAAUACAAUCUGCUUGAAUCAUCAUUCG